AUGCCUUACCUCUAUCGGGCCCCAGGGCCCCAGAAGCACCCGGUUCCCAAGGAUGCCCGCAUCACCCACUCCUCAGGCCAGAGCUUCGAGCAACUGAGGCAGGAGUGCGUGCAGAAGGGAGUCCUGUUUGAGGAUGCAGACUUCCCAGCCAACAGCUCCUCUCUCUUCUAUAGAGAGAGGCCCCAGAUCCCCUUCGUGUGGAAACGGCCAGGGGUAAACUUCCAAGGCCAGAAAACGGAGCUCAUCAGAGUGCGGAACCCUUGGGGCCAGGUUGAGUGGAAGGGGUCCUGGAGUGACAGUUCCUCCGAGUGGCAUUCCAUUGGCGCAGCCGAGCAAAAGCGUCUGUGUCACACGGCUCUCGACGACGGGGAGUUCUGGAUGGCGUUUAGGGACUUCAAGGCCCACUUCGACAAAGUGGAAAUCUGCAACCUCACUCCUGACGCCCUGGAGGAGGAUGCUCUCCACAAGUGGGAGGUGACGGUCCAUCAAGGAAGCUGGGUGCGGGGCUCCACGGCCGGGGGCUGCCGCAAUUUCCUGGAUACCUUCUGGACCAAUCCACAAAUAAAAUUGUCCCUGACUGAGAAAGAUGAGGGGCAGGAGGACUGCACUUUCCUCGUAGCCCUGAUGCAGAAAGAUCGAAGGAAACUCAAGAGGUUUGGAGCCGACAUGCUGACCAUUGGCUACACCAUUUACCAGAGCCCUGGCAAAGACGAGCAUCUGAACAAAAACUUCUUCAGGUACAAUGCUUCCCAGGCCAGAAGCAAAACGUUCAUCAACCUGAGAGAAGUCUCCGACCGCUUCAAAUUGCCCCCUGGGGAAUACAUCCUGAUUCCCAGCACUUUUGAGCCCCAUCAGGAAGCCGAUUUCUGCCUGAGGAUCUUUUCAGAGAAGAAAGCCAUCACCCAGGACAUGGAUGGGGACGUGGACAUUGAACUUCCGGAGCCUCCGAAGCCGACUCCACCUGGCCAGGAGACAGAGGAGGAACUGCAGUUCCGGGCCCUGUUUGAACAAGUUGCGGGUGAGGACAUGGAGGUGACAGCAGAGGAACUGGAAUAUGUUUUAAAUGCUGUGCUGCAAAAGAAAAAGGACCUCCAAUUCAAGAAGCUAAGCCUGAUUUCCUGUAAAAACAUCAUUUCUCUAAUGGAUACCAGUGGCAACGGGAAGCUAGAGUUCGGGGAGUUCACAGUGUUCUGGGACAAGCUGAAGAAGUGGACAAACCUUUUCCUUCAGUUCGACACUGACAAGUCGGGCACCAUGUCCUCCUACGAGCUGCGGAGCGCCCUGAAAGCCGCAGGCUUCCAGCUGAGCCAUCACCUCCUGCAGCUGAUCGUCCUCAGGUACGCGGACGAGGGGCUCCAGCUCGGCUUCGAUGACUUCCUCAACUGCCUUGUCCGGCUGGAGAAUGCGAGCCGGGUGUUCCAGGCUCUCAGUACGAAGAACAAGGACAAGGAGUUCAUUCAUCUCAACAUAAACGAG